GGUGCGAAAACUUUCGUUCCAAAACAAAUCCGAACUUACCCCGAGCAGUUAGUUGUUGUUCUGUUUCUCUAUGAGAUUAACGCUGCUGAGAAGGAUGUCGUUCGUAGAUCUUGCGUCGCUCAGAAUCAAGUACAAAUCGGAGAAGGAGAUCUUUCUAGAAUCAAGCAUCGAGCGAAAGGAACCGAUAAGCCUAUUUCGCAAGUGGAUGCAAGAUGCCGUCGAAACUCCAGAAAUCAUCGAACCGAACGCUAUGUGCUUGGCAACAGCAACAAAGGAUGCUGUACCGUCGGCACGGUUUGUGCUGCUGAAAGAUGUUACCGAGGAAGGCUUUACAUUCUUUACCAACUACGAAAGCCGCAAGGCGGACGAGCUGGCCGAAAAUCCCAACGUGGCCCUUGCCUUCUACUGGCUACCGUUGAGACGGUCCGUCCGCAUCGAGGGCACGGCCGAGCGUAUAUCGCGCGAAGCGUCGGAAACCUAUUUUCAUCAGCGGCCGCGCGCCAGCCAAAUCGGUGCCCUGGCCAGCCCGCAGAGCCAACCGAUACCGAGCCGGGAGUUUUUGGACAAAAAGGAAAAGGCCAUCAAAGAGGAGCUCGGACCGGACACGGAAGUGCCCCUGCCGAACUGGGGCGGCUAUAUGGUACGCCCGAAAGCGAUCGAAUUUUGGCAGGGACAGACAAACCGUCUGCACGAUCGCAUCCGGUUCCGUAAGGCGCUUAAGGAGGGCGAAGCUGUCGAUGGAACGCUGCUGCACCAAGGUGAGGAAGGGUGGGUGUACGAACGGCUGGCACCAUAGACAGCCGGAACUGGUUGACCGCAGUCUAGCGACGGCAGUCUAGAGAAAGCAAAAGUCUUCCAACGAUCGAUAAGAAAUACCUGUGCCACUUAGUGGUGUCCUGCAUUUUUGUUUUCGGAUAUUUUGUAAGCAGGAAAAAUCAACAACCUCACUGAACUACACACGCAUUUUGGUUUCCGGAACAAUGUUAAACCGGGGUUUCUUUGUUUGUUAGUUUGCUUGUAAGGAUUCCUGUUCGACCAGUGGGUAGGGAAAACAAGUCUGUGUUUGACAUCGCUUAUUUAAAUUACAAUAAAACCUGUGGGUUUGCUGCAAAUCCUCGCUCGGAACGCUUCUGUUGUAUGUCUGUCCUCUGCUCUGUGUAAAGGAUGUAACAGUGUUAAAUCUCGGGAACAAGUAAUAUCCCAUUCGAAUAAGUAGGAGCGGUAAAACCGUCUACAACAGAGGCGAGAUGUUGUUUGAAGGGUUUGUGGGUUUCGGUGCAGGAAUUCACCCUCGCACUAAUGCCAUUCUCAUUCUGCAGAGGCUGUGGUACUAUAUAUGCCGAUUUUGCAAUCAUUUUCACUUUACCAAUUGGGUAGAAAAUUAAACUAUCUUUUUUUUUAAGGGAGAAGGCGCACUGCACCCCUCAGUAAACUUGUAUGAAUGAGUAAAAAAGUCGCUUACUUUACUUUUGUAUUAUUCGUUUUUCGUGUGUCGUAUGACACAUUGUUUUCUUUCAAAUAAUUCCCAAAACGAACCACUUUAGAAUGUGGGAGAGAUGUGUGUAAGUGUUUGAAGAUUGCUGCUUCCAAUCUGGCAAUUUUGUUUUUGCUCGAAAAAGGUGGGUAUAAAGAUUUAAAGAAUGCAAAAUAUCACAGAUGUACAUUCGUGAAGAAAACUUUCAUUUUUGUUCUAUUCGUUUUUGUUAUGAGUGCAGGUAGCGGUAAAGAUUGGUACAAAAUGCAAGUAAGGAAGCUUCGCUGCAUGUAUGGAACGUUGCAUCAGCGCAAGUUACUUUAAACAACGUAGCAAAACAAGAUCCAUUUUAUGCUAUUAUUAAUCAAUCAGAGUGCAUGGCGGUUAAUUGUACGAAAUGUGUGCUUUGUAAGGAUUUGUGUUUGUCGUAUUUAACAGCAGCAGCUGCUCGUAUUACAUUACAUUUUACAUACGGAUACUUAUAUAUGUGCACUAACACAAUCACACACGCACACACCGUUGUGUAAACCUACUCCUACUCGCUACCUCUAAACAGUAUGCUGCUCAUCUCAAUAUAGGGAAAUGGAA